UCGUUCUUGUGGAUGGACCAGUCGCUGCUCUUUCAGAGACUCAAAAUCUAUUUGUAGAUCUUACUGUGGUAAACUACUCUCCCUGUAUCUCCAGCAAACAGAGCACUGUUUCAGCUGAAUCCAGAUGCGUAGCUGCCAACCUUAGACUCUUCAGAGUCCUAUUAUAUAGAUAAUUAAAUAACAGCAUGCUCAGGCGCUUUACAACAGUGACAUGGAAAAAAACUCUCAUGUCUGCUUCAUUCAGAUCUAAUUGGAACUUCUUUUUAUGCUUUCUACUCAAAUCCAUAGGUGCCAAAAUAUCUUGAAGUUUUUAUCCUUUCUAUAAACUUUGGUUUUUCAGGUAUCAAGGACCUUCCUAGAAUAGGAUCAGUUGAUAUAAUCCUCCAAUGUUUUUUGUAUAGUCAUUUUUAACUAGGCCUUGUUCUCGUUAUACAGGGCAGUGUUUUUUAUUUGUUUUUUAUUUGAUAAUGAAAAAGGGAUCCUUGCUGUCUAUUACCGCAUUUACAUUUACAUCUUGGAAAUAGACUGUUGCAACGUCCCAGUGGUGUCCCAGUACAAUGAAGCGAGGAGAGAAGCCAGCACAGCAAGUAGUUUAAAACCCCGAGAGAUGUCAUGUGAACGCUUUGCUUCCUAUUUCUUCAUAUGCCUUUAUGGAAAGGAGCCAUGUUAAAACAAGGAGACCAAGAAAAAUAGGUGACAGUGUAUGAUCCAGGCCAAGUGCUGACUGACACUCUCCCCCCCUGAAAAUCACACCUAACAAUUCUGGUGUCAGAUCGUGGGAUUCGCACUGGGCUCCUCAGGCCUCUCUGUUCGGCAUGUGUGAGAUUGUGCCUUUGGGACCUACAAUCUGCUUUUAAUUUAACCAGAUCUUCCUCUACCCUCCUAUGAAAGCUUUCCAACGCUUCCCCUCUGAAAUGGAUGGGGUAAAAUUUGGAUUUAUUCUUAAAUCCUGUAUGACUACUAUGUUCAUGGGCUGGUGGGAGCUGCCUGUCCCACGUCUUUGCAGAUGGUAAUCCUUACGGGGAGAAGAUAGUAGGAUAUAAGCGCUAUAUAGAUGACCUGCUGUUCAUAUGGAUGGGCAGCGGGGAAUCUAGCAAACAGUUUGUGUCAUACCUUAAUAGCAACAAAGUGGGCCUGUCCUUCACUUCUUGUUUUGACAUAAACCAGGUGGAUUACCUGGAUAUAAUAUUAAUUGGUGAUGUCAUUGCCAGUGGGGUAAAGACUAAACUCUACACGAAGCCCAUCUCAGCUAACUCUUUAAUCCAUGCAAGAAGUAGCCAUCCACACCAUCUGCAUUAUGGUGUGGCAAAAGGUCAACUAAUCAGAGCAAAACGUAACUGUACUGAAGACUCUGAUUACGUGACCGAAAGCACAAAAUUGGUCCAGAAACUGAGAGAGAGGUGCUAUCCGGAGGGCCCAAUUAAUAGAGCUUUGAAGGAAGUUAAUGGCAUACCGAGAGAUAUGCUGUUAAAGCCAAAACCCCCUAAACAAAAAGAUAAAAGUGAAAUCACAUUUGUAACAACCUACACCAGUCAGUUUAAUGAAAUCUGCAAUAUUAUCAAAAAGAAUUUUCGGACACUGAGAGGUGAUGAUGUACUGAAAAAUGUGGUCGAUAGGGGGUGUAGAUUUGUCUCAAGAAGGAACAUCACCAUUGGCAACAUGAUAUCGCCCAGUAUGUUGAAAAAAACAAAGAGGGAGAGUAGCUGGCUAAGUUGUAAAGGGCACUAUAGAUGUGGUACAGGGAGCUGUACAGCCUGUAAAUAUACAACAGUCAGUAAGGUAUUUCAAUCCUCACAGACGCAUAAGGUUUAUGAAUGUCAAAAAUGUACAAACUGUAGAACCGAAUAUGCAGUGUAUUUGGUGACAUGCCAGCAGUGCAGAUUACAAUACGUGGGGUGCACCUCUAGGGAGGUACGAGCGAGAAUUAGGGAGCACCUUAACGAUAUUGAUAAAGAGAGGACCCCCACUGGAGUGUCCAAACAUUUUUUGAGUGUCCAUCAGGGGGAUGUUAGUGCCCUCAAAUGGAUCGUAAUAGAUGUGAUAGACAAACAACCCAGAGGAGGUAAUAGGACAAAUGAAUUGUUCCGUAGAGAGGCAUACUGGAUUUUCACUUUAAGUACACGCAGACCAGUAGGUCUUAACAUCAAGGAUGAUGUAAUAAAUUUCUGGGAAUAAUCAUAUUGGACAUGGGGCCAGGUGCAUACCUGACUACAGCAUGAUAACUAUCAUAAGUGAAGCAAUGAUACACACUUUGAUAAGUGGUGGGUUGCUUCUGGCUCCAUGACCAAAUAAAACAUGAAUAAUUUUGUAUGAGAAAUUGAACUAAAUUGUUAUCCAUUCACACUUAAGAAAAUAUUUAGCUAAUUUAAGUGUUAACGAGUACCUUAACAAUCGCUAAUAUUCGAGACAAAACUGUGAGUAGGCAAAGCAACCAAAUUAAAUUUGCACAAAUAAAUCAAGGUGCUGCUCAAUAAAUAGAGUGGUUUCUAUAGCCUAAUACACAGUAUUUGUCCCGAAGCUUGUAAAUAAUGAUUGCAUCACGCAGCUUUCUGGAUGCAAGAGUCAUCAGAUGAAAUAGUGUGCAAAGAGUUAACGUACAACUGAGAUAUUCAGCUGUUGAUUAGACAAGACCUGGAAGGGGAGUGUAUCUAGAGGUGUGUUGGGGGAGACUUAUCGUAACCAAUGAGAGACAAGCAAGAGGGAGGAGAAUGAAAAUUCACAGUAGCAGGCAACCAAUGAGAUUGUGAGGGGGCAUUUAAAGCCCCACAGGAAGAUUGAGCAAAUAUAGUCUAUGAAUAAGGCAUAAGAGCCGAAACGCGUCAGACUGGCCUAAUUCUGUGAUGAUUCGUUUCUAUUUAAAGUUUACUGCACGUUAGCAACAAUAAUUUUAAUUGUUUGAAUAAAGCUUUCACAUUUUUACCCAAGCGACAA